UGAAUAUAUAAAUUGCUUUCAACAUUUUUAUUUCAUACAAACAAUGAUUUACUUUUAUUGUUCUAAAAUUACAUUAUUAAUAUUUGUGUUUUAUAUUACGGGAUCUUUUACAAUUGCUGAAAAUCCUAUGCCUGCAAUUACAGAUAUUAGUUCGAAACCAAUUUGGAACGCUACUGAAACUGAUUUAAUAAAAAGAGCAUUACUUCAGAAUUAUGAUAAAUUUUCUAGACCUGCACAACAUUCGAAAAGUACAACAGUUUAUCUUGGCUUAAAUGUCCUACAUGUCGAUAUUGAUGAACACAAAUCAACAUUUUCAAUAUUUUGUUGGACAAGAUUUACAUGGUUGGAUGAGAAAUUAAAAUGGAAUGCAUCCGAUUAUGGUGGUGUAAAAAUAAUUCGUUUAGCCGAUCAUGAAAUUUGGCAGCCUGAUGUUGUUGUUUACAAUGGUGCCGAUGGAAAUAGUAUUGAUCAUUAUGGCAGCACCCAUUCCCUUGUUGGUAAUGAUGGCAAUGUUAUUUGGGUACCACCAUCACAAUUUAAUGUCUUUUGUGAUCUAAAUUUUCGAUAUUGGCCCUUUGACACACAAUUAUGUGAAUUAAAAAUGGGAUCAUGGACGUAUGAUGGUAAUCAAAUCGAUUUACAAAUGUCCGAUGGGAAUUCAAGUGAGAUCGAAUUACUUAUAUCAAAUACAGAAUGGCAGCUAACUAAACUACGGAAAGUGCGAAAAAAUAUUAUAUAUGCGUGUUGUGAAGAACCAUAUCCUCAUAUUUCUUAUAAUUUUACUGUAGUUAGAAACUCUCCAACGUACAGAGCCAUUAUUGUUACACCCGCAUUUGCUAUUGUUUUUAUGACACUAUCCACAUUUUGGCUUCCCUCUCAUGCUGGUGAAAAAAUUUUACUGAAUGGGUGUGUUGCUGUCAUCAAUUGUUUAAUUUUAAUGUAUUUAACUCAUAAAAUACCUCCUCUUCGUCUUCAUACACCUUUAGUCAUUUUGUUUUUCACGAAUAAUCUUUACCUGGCAUGCUUUUCAACAAUUAUUUCGGUAAUUGUUCUUCAUAUUUCAAGAACAAAACAUAAUACUAACUUACCAUGGUUCAUAAAAAAAUUACUAACCGGUUGGUUAGGCCGAAUAUUAAGUCUUCAAAUAUCUAGUCAGAAUUUAAUGUCACAUCGAGUUAAUGCUGAAGAAUUAAAAGAACAUUCGUCGAUUGUUUUUGAUGAACAUCUUGGAAACGAUGAUCAUCAAAUGAUUUCAAGUGGUUCCACAAAGAAGAAUUAUCAACAAGAUUGGCUUUCAUUUGCCACGGCUAUUGAUCGAUUAUCAUUUGUUUUGUACACUUUUAUUUAUGUUAUUUUGGCCAUGAUGUAUUCAUUUUAAGUACGGGUAUAUCUUAUAGAAGCGAUUUUUGAGGUUCCAAGUUAUCACCUACACUUGUGGCGUUGCUGCUUAUCUUACCUUUCGUUUCCACGACUUGAUCCGCUGUAUAUAUUUCAUAUAUUACGAACGAUUGUAAUUUUCAAUAAACUACCCCCUUGUACUUUCCUGUUUCUUUUGGAGCUUUAUUAACGCCAUUAUAGUCUUCGAUAUCAUAAUCACAGUAUUGUUUGCAUUCAUAACAAUUAGCCAUUAGUGAGCUUUGAUUAUUUUGGCCAAUUAACUGUUUUGCGAUCCGUUUUGAAUUAAAACAUGAGUGCAAAUGAUUGUAUCGCCGGCCGGAAUUUUGUUUCAUUUUAAAAUAUAUUUUAAGACAGGCAAGAUAUUAUGAAAAAAUGCAUUGCUGUCGGCGGAGUCCCUUCCAAAUCCUAUUAGCUAAACUAGUAAUCGCUCACUGGUGUGAGUGUUCGAAAUGUACCAUUUUUGAUACAUUUCUUCAUGUUAAAUAUUAUAUUUUUUUAAUUGAUUUUUCAUUUCGAAAUAUUUUUAGAAUUAUGUAAUUUUUAAUUUUUUGAAAAUGUAAUAAAGUUUUUAUUUGGAAA